AUUGUUAUUCCGCACAAUUCAGCAACUUGCAGCCAACUUCACGUUGUAUGUACGCAGUGCUGCCAACCUUGAAAAUCUUUCUUUUCUUUUUUAGCUCCUUGUAAGAGUGUUCACGUAUUUUGUAAUUUCUACAAAAAAAAUAAAACACAAUGGAGAACGACGCCGGUGAGAAUGUUGAUUUGUACGUGCCCCGCAAAUGCUCUGCCUCCAACAGAAUCAUUCACGCUAAGGAUCACGCUUCCGUUCAAAUCAACCUUGUUGAUGUUGAUCCCGAAACUGGCCGUAUGACCGAUGGUUCCAAAACCUAUGCCAUCUGCGGUGAAAUCCGUCGUAUGGGUGAAUCUGAUGAUUGCAUAGUCCGUUUGGCCAAGAAGGAUGGUUUGAUCACCAAGAACUUCUAAGUUAAGCCUGAGAUUGUGUGUAAAUAAAACCGACGUUUUUAAAAAUAUUUUUUAAAAAUUAA